AUGGCAGGUUCGCACGAUCGGGAUGAGGUUUACCAGGGGGAGCAAAUGCUUCCUCCAGGAACAUUCCUGUUGAUUAGAGAGGAUGAAAGGGACGAGACACAUGGGAGGCGCGAGGUUGUGCUGGACCCUGUCCCGUCGAGUGAUCCCAAUGAGCCAUUAAAUUGGAGCACGGCUCGCAAGGCAGUUAAUUAUACACUGGUACUUGCAGUGUCAUGUGUAAUUUUCACCGCGGUCACCAUCCAAACAAUUUUCUGGCAGAUGAUGGUCGUGGACUUGAAUGUGACAUACACCCAACUGAAUAAUGCCCUGUCGCUGAACUUUGUUGGUUUGGCCAUGGGCUGUGUCUUCUUUAUUCCCCUCGCGAAGAAGUUUGGUCGCCGGCCAGUAUAUCUUGUUUCGACGGCAUUGAUUGUGGUAACUACGUUUUGGUCUUCGGAGAUGCAGACAUUAGGUGAACUUUAUGGCUCCAAUCUGAUCCAAGGCCUGGCAGGUGCUACCAAUGAAUGUAUUGUGCAAAUGACAAUUUCCGAUCUCUUUUUUGUUCAUCACAGAGGAACUAUGAAUACCCUGUACAUGUGCAUGGUCAUGAUUGGAAGUUUCCUCUCACCCAUCGCGGCUGGAACCCAGGCAACAAACAUGGGGUGGCGAUCGUCUUACCGCACCCUCGGAAUCUUUACCACUAUCAUCUUGGUCCUCUUUUGCUUCUUGUAUGAGGAGACGAAAUAUGGAAAAGUAAUCGAAGGUCUCAGCUCAUCCGACUCAGUGGAGGAGAGACACACUGUGGUUAAUAAUCUCAAAUCCGAGCAGAAAAUCGAGGCCAGGGACGAUGAACCCACGCGGCCGAGUAUGGGAAUGAAUACUAAUCACCAAGUCGAUGCCACCAUUCCCAUGAGGAGCUGGAAGCAGAGGCUCGCGUUCCACACAUAUACCCCGGAGUCUAUCUGGCCAUACUUCUACCGCCCCUUUGUUGUUCUAUCUACCUUCCCUACCGUAAUAUUCUGUGCGGUCCAAUACGCCUUCAGUGUUGCCUUCCUCACCAUUAUCAUUACCGUAACCUCUCUCGUCUUUCCCAACCCGCCUUACAACUUUACUAGCCAACAAGUCGGUUUUAUGGGCCUCGGACCUUUCGUUGGCAAUUUACUCGGCGCAAUUUACGGUGGCAUUUUUGGUGACUGGUCUAUUCUAUAUUUCUCUCGUCGAAAUAAAGGAUACUACGAACCAGAGAUGCGUUUGUAUACUCUCCACCUCCCUGCCCUAUUCAUGAGUGGCGGAUUGAUCAUGUUUGGAGUGACACUUGAUCGAGGUAUGCACUGGAUUUAUCCAAGUAUUGGUGGCGCAUUCUUUGGGUUCGGCCUUGGAUGCAUCGGGGAUGUGUCUCUUACCCUCGUUAUCGACAGUUAUCGAAACCUGACUGGAGAUGCUUUCACCGGAGUCGCCUUCCUCCGUAACGUUAUCAGCAUCGGCGUCCCCUUCGGUAUCACACCUUGGAUAAGUAAUAGUGGGCUGCAGAAUAUGUUUAUCGAGUGUGGAUUCAUCAGUUUGCUGGUCCUUUCAUUGACCAUUCUAAUUAUUCUUUACGGGAAGAGAUCACGAGCUCGGCUUGCCCCGCAAUAUGCUGCCAUGUCUAAGUGGAAAUCGAACUAA